AGCGAAGGCGCGCUCCGUUUCUCGGCGCGCGCUCGCCUGGUCUGGGUCCCGGCGGAGGCGGCGGGACCCGGGCGGCCGGACUUUGCGGCCGGGGUGGCCGGGCGGCAUGGAGGGGCCGCUGGACUCCGCGGCCGGGGACGUCUCCCUGCACAACUUCAGCGCCAGGCUGUGGGAGCAGCUCGUCCACUUCCACGUCAUGCGGCUGACGGACUCGCUCUUCCUGUGGGUGGGCGCCACCCCGCACCUGCGCAACCUCGCCGUGGCCAUGUGCAGCCGCUACGACUCCAUCCCCGUGUCCACCUCCCUGCUUGGAGACACUUCUGACACGACUUCUACUGGCCUUGCCCAGCGCCUAGCCAGGAAGACCAACAAACAGGUGUUUGUCAGCUACAACCUUCAAAACACAGACAGUAACUUCGCAUUACUUGUAGAAAACAGGAUCAAAGAAGAAAUGGAGACUUUUCCAGAAAAGUUCUAGCUGAGUGGCAGAAGUGAGAAUUUGUAACUUGUGUACAAUAUACAUUUAAAUAAAUGGAUUGGAUUUCAUUUUGCCAUCA